AACUAGACUAAAACCUGUUCAUGUAAGGAAAUUUAGUUAUGGCCUCAAAUUCAGAAAACACUUUACAGCAAGAGAACAGGAACUCUCAGAAACAGAUAUAAAGCAAGAGUUAGUUUCAUGUUUGGUAAAUAAAAGUAAGAGAAGAACAGGUGGAAAUGAACUUAAAGGUCCUAAUACAGGCACUAGAAAGGGUAAAGAACCAUUCUUAGAAGAGAGAUCAACUUGGUUUGAGAAUUAUUAUAGUUCUGGAAUAGAAGAUGAGUUUAGAUAUGUAGGAAAGAGAGAUAGUAGUAUAGUUCAAGCAUUCUUUAUGGAGGAUUAG